CAAUGGGCUCAUCAGCAUCGAAACCCGCCUCGCGCGCUGCAAAUGCUGCAACCAAAGCAACCCGCCAGUACCCAUCCCGUCCAUCACCAGCAACAUCGACACAAGCAUCACCCGCACGCACGUCAAACGCCCCAUCCCAGCCCCCGCCGCCACCAGCCGCGAACCGCCAGCCAGGUCCUACCGUCCACCCACAAGCCCGCGCAAGUGGUCAGCGCAGCGAAGAUGCGUGUCAACAGAAAUCAACCUUGAUGCAUCAGAUCCAGACUUUGCUCGCUCGCUCCGCGCCGUACAACCAAACCCUACCCUUUCGCCUUCAUCGACUUUUUGCUGCACAUCCAAGCUCUCACUUCCCGAAUUCAUACGGCCAACAAGGCGGCAACAACACGACAGCGCCACCGCAACGACUAAACCCAGCAUUGCGUUUGGCAGGCGAAGCCGAAAGAGAGUUCUUGGAGGCUCGAAAGAGAGGCAGCGCUGGCAGGAGGUUCUUGGACGUGGGCACUCUGAGAAAUGUCAUCACGUUGAGAGACCAGAGGAACAUGAGUGCUGCCGAGAUCGAGAGGACUCUGGGCUUGAGAAGCGGAACUGUGGCAAAGUUGGGACCCAAGGGUGUUGUUGGUGUUGAGGGCAUACAGGACAAU